UUUUCUUCGAUCGAUUUAGGGUUUUUGUUUUUUUUCCUUCUCGCCUCCCUUCGGCCCUCCGCUUAUUUGUUCUAGGGUUUUGGUUUUUCUAGGGUUUUCUUAAUUUUCUUAUUUUCUACCUUUCGAUAUCUUCGUUCGUAUAUCUAUUCGUCAGCUCGAUGGAUCCAGCACGCAAGAGGGUAAGGCCAGAUGCUUUCAAUGGAAAUGGCGUCGGUUCGAAGCGGAUGAAGCAAGAAACGGAGUCUUUUACAACUGGUAUAGGAAGCAAAUCGAAGCCAUGCACCAAGUUUUUCAGUACUGCUGGAUGUCCAUUUGGCGAGAGCUGCCACUUCCUGCAUUAUGUUCCUGGUGGGAUCACUGCAGUGGCUCAGAUGACCAAUCUGGGCAAUCCAGCUCUCCCUCCAGCAUCAAGGAACCCGAUGGUCCCAUCCGCCAUUCCUGAUGGUUCAGGCCCUCCGACUGUGAAGACCCGCAUGUGCAAUAAAUACAAUACUGCAGAAGGCUGCAAGUUUGGGGACAAGUGCCAUUUUGCCCAUGGUGAGAGGGAGAUCGGCAAGCCCAUAAUUCCAUCGCAUGAUGACCGCCCAAUGGCUCCGAUGAUGGGCCGGAUGGCAGGCCGCAUUGAGCCUCCACCCCCCGGCCUGGCAGCCGCCGCAAGCUUUGGUGCCUCAGCUACUGCCAAGAUCAGCGUUGAUGCCUCCCUUGCUGGUGCUAUCAUUGGAAAAGGAGGGGUGAAUUCAAAGCAGAUAGUUCGCCUCACAGGUGCCAAACUUGCCAUACGGGAGCAUGAGACAGACCCCAACCUGAGGAACAUCGAGCUUGAGGGAACCUUUGAUCAGAUCAAGCAGGCAAGUGCCAUGGUCCGUGAGCUUAUUGUCAACAUCAGCUCUGCUGCUGGUGCCCCAGUGAAGAACCAGGCUGCAGCUCCAGCUGCCCCAGCUAGUAAUUACAAGACGAAGCUGUGUGAGAACUUUGCAAAGGGAUCGUGCACGUUUGGGGAACGGUGCCACUUUGCACAUGGUGCAAGUGAUUUGCGCAAGUCCUCGAUGUAAGCUCUAUCAACCUUCUUUUUUGUCCUGCCUUUGUUUUAGUUUCUUUGAGACGAUUUUGAACAGUCUUUGUAGGGUGUGCGAGUUAUGUUUGCUGACAUAAUAGGAAGCAACUUUUUGGAAGGAAAAAAGAAGAAGAGAGAAGGAUUUGUGA